AUUCGUCGGUUCUCAAAGUCCGGCCCCGCAAGCCGUAACCGCCUCCAUUACCUAUAAUGAAUUGCUUUGAUCCUCGGCACGCUCACCUCUUUUUCUUCCAAUUGAGAGUGCAGCCAUGCUACGUUCAUCAUUAUCACGAGUAUCAAGACCGUUGACCCUCUCGGUAAGGCAAUGGCAAUCUUUCAGAAGUUAUGCUUCCACUCCCAAGUCUCUGUUUGAUUGGGAAGACCCACUAGCUAGCAAGAACUUGUUUACCGAGGAAGAGUUGGCCAUUUCGGAGACAGCAGAACGGUAUUGCCAAGAGCAGUUGUUGCCACGAGUCCUACAGGCGUACCGCGAUGAGCACUAUGACCCCGCUAUCCUACUUGAGAUGGGUGAGCUGGGUCUUCUCGGCGCAAAUAUCCACGGAUAUGGCUGUGCUGGCGCAUCUACCGUGGCUUCUGGCUUGAUCACUCGAGCUGUAGAACGAGUUGAUAGUGGGUAUCGGUCGGGCAUGUCCGUUCAAUCUUCAUUAGUCAUGGGCGGGAUCUACGAAUUUGGAACUGCUGAGCAGAAGGAGAAAUACCUACCCGAAAUGGCAAAAGGUAAACUACUCGGUGCAUUUGGGCUUACGGAACCCAACCAUGGUAGCGACCCAGGCUCAAUGGAAUCCACGGCUCGACCGCACCCGACCAAAAAGGGUUACCUCCUUUUGAGUGGCUCCAAAACCUGGAUUACUAACUCGCCUAUUGCGGAUGUGCUUAUGGUAUGGGCAAAGCUGCAGGAAACCGGCAAAAUUAGGGGAUUCCUGAUAGAUCGAAAGGAGUGCCCAUCAGGUACGUUGGAGACGCCAGCCAUCAAGAACAAAACAGGCCUCCGGGCUAGCAUCACUGGUAUGAUUCAUAUGGAAGAUGUUCCCGUACCAGAAGCAAAUAUGUUCCCUGAUGUUGAGGGCUUAUCGGGUCCGUUCACAUGUCUGAAUAGUGCUCGUUAUGGUAUCUCUUUUGGUACUAUGGGGGCGUUGGAAGACUGCAUCACCCGAGCGCGGGAAUAUGCCCUAGAGCGCAAGCAGUUCAAAGGCAACCCUCUAGCUAAAUAUCAGCUAGUCCAGAAGAAACUUGCGGAUGCUGCAACAGAUGCUUCGUAUGGUGUAUUGGCCUCGAUACAAGUCGGUAGACUAAAGGAUGAAGGGAAGGUUACACCGGAGAUGAUUAGUAUUGUGAAAAGGCAGAAUUGUGACCGCGCACUCAUAAACGCGAGGGCAUUGCAAGAAAUUUUCGGAGGCAACGCUGUUAGCGAUGAAUAUGGCAUUGGGAGACACGUGGCCAACUUGUUCGUGACUCAAACUUACGAAGGGCAGAGUGAUAUUCAUAGCCUUAUCCUAGGGAGGGCCAUAACAGGGCUGCAGGCUUUCGUAUGAUGAUAUAGGGUAAUUAGAAAUAUGUAGUUGAGGGAACUAUGCGUUUGAAAUUCACCAUACGUCGAUCUUCAAAACGCAACCCCGGCACGGGUUUAUGCAGGCGGCCGUUCCGCGUUGCCACAUGGAGUUACUGUGCACAACACAUCUAUUUGACUAAGAUACCUAGACUUUGCCGGUCAUUAUGUACUUUGCCGUCGGUAUUCCAGCAGAUAUCCUCAUAGAGUCGUGAUUACGAUGCUGUCGAUAAUAUAGACGUAUUUUUCAGAA